AUGGAUAUUCUUAAAGCAGAGAUCGCAAGAAAGAGGAAACUUCUUGAAGAAACGAAUCUAGUUGAUGACUCCAAAAAGUACUUCAAGAGGUCGGAUCUGGCCAAAAAGGAGCAGGAGGAAUACUUCAGACGGUGCGGAUUGAAGGUACACACUCCGGAGAGACAGGUGGAUUGUGGCGAUGAAGAAGAACCAUCAUCUUCAAACAAGAAGCCAGUGAUGGAGUUAGAGCUGACGGAGGAGAAGCUGCCCAUGACCCUGUCCCGCCAGGAGGUGAUCCGGCGGCUCAGAGAGCGCGGAGAACCCAUCCGUCUGUUCGCAGAGUCCGAUUACGACGCCUUCCAGAGACUGAGGAAGAUCGAGAUCCUGACACCCGAAGUGAACAAGGGCCUGAGGAACGACCUGAAGGCGGCCAUGGACAAGAUCGACGCGCAGUACCUCAACGAGAUAGUGGGAGGGACGGAGAACGGAGAGGUGGACACACAGCAUGACCUGAAAGUGCACGAGGAGAACACCACCAUAGAGGAACUCGUGGCUCUCGGCAGAACUCUGGGCAGAGGAGACGAUCAUGGAGACCAAGAUGUCAUCGACAAGUUUUUGAGGUUCCUCCUGGGCGUUUGGGCCAAAGACUUGAACAGCAGAGAGGACCAUGUGAAGCGCGGCGUCCAGGGCAAACUGGCCAGCGCCACUCACUCCCAGACCGAGUCCUAUCUCAAACCACUGUUCCGGAAACUGCGCAAGAAGAUGUUGCCCGCCGACAUCAAGGAGUCCAUCACAGACAUCAUCAAGUUCCUGUUGGAAAGAGAAUACGUCAAAGCAAACGACGCAUACCUGCAGAUGGCCAUCGGGAACGCCCCCUGGCCCAUCGGCGUGACCAUGGUGGGCAUCCACGCUCGUACCGGCAGAGAGAAGAUCUUCUCCAAACACGUGGCUCAUGUGCUCAACGACGAGACGCAGAGGAAGUACAUCCAGGGACUAAAGAGACUGAUGACCAUCUGCCAGAAGCACUUCCCCACCAACCCGUCCAAAUGUGUGGAAUACAACGCUCUGUGA